AUGUCGUCACGACCCAAGAACAAUCUUUCCUGCCAUAUCGCAGUCAUCACUAAGCCUCGAGCCGUCUCUCCACCGCCAUACCCAAAGGCCUUUGAGCCUUUGCUGCUCGCCGCCAUCUUCCUCCUCCACCUCGCCCCUACAAACAUCGGCUCUCCAUCACACACACACAAACACACACGAGCCAUGCUACAACAACGGAUAGCGGGCCUCGGCCGGCGCCCGCUCUCGUCGCCACGACCACACAUCGUCACAUCCCGGUGCACUUUCGCCGCAUCCCGGCGAACCCUCUCUACGGCGGCGGCGCCCUCAUCCUCGCGCCUCCUCCGAACCCACCUCGCGGCGCGCCAGCCCCGACCAUCGACCCUCCAAACCCGCUCCGCCAGCCGUCGCAGCGCCUUCCAGCCGCUCGCGCCCCCCUCGCCCUCCUCGCUCGGCGCCCCGCAGGCCGCGCGCACCUACACCCGCUCCCGCCGCCUCUUCCGCCGCCUCUUCCUCCUCUCCGCGACGGCCGGCGCCCUCUACGCCCUCGACAGCUACUUGUACGCCGCCGGCGUGACGCGCUCGGCGCGGACCUUUGGCACCGGCCUCCUCGUCGCUCUCGACUACAAGCUCAACUUUCGCCCGGACCCCUGGGUCGGCGACUCGGUGACCGAUAAAAUGUUCGCGCGCAUGUUCGACGAUGCGCCGCAAAACUCGUGGGCCGACGUCGAGCGCGUCGUGCGCGAGGACUUUGGCGGCCGCAGCGUCGAGGACGUCUUUGGCGUCAGCUUCGCGCCGGGCGCUGCGCAGGGCAGCGGCAGCGGCAAGGGCAUCAUGGAGAGGCGCGCGCGCGCCAGCGCCAGCGUUGCCCAGGUGCACUGGGCGCGGCUGGCCGACGGCCGCGAGGUCGCCAUCAAGAUCCAGAAGCGGGAGAUUGCGAGCCAGAUCGCCUGGGACCUGUGGGCGUUCAAGACGGUCUCGUGGAUCUACAGCAAGUGGUUCGACCUGCCGCUGUACAGCCUCGUGCCCUUCAUCACCGAGCGGCUCGAGCUCGAGACGGAUUUCGAGAACGAGGCACGCAACUCCGAGACCAUGCGCAAGCUCGUCGAGAGCGAGAAGAGACUGCGCGGCCGCGUCUACGUCCCCGUCGUCUAUCCCGAGCUGUCUUCGAGACGCGUCAUGACGACCGAGUGGAUCGAAGGCGUCAGGCUGUGGGACAAGGAGGGCAUCACGGGCACCUGGCGUGGUGGAUAUGGCAAGGGCUCGCCCGGCGUCAACGGCGCCCAGCUUCCGCCGCCGACCCAGAAGGACCUCGCGCGCCGUCAGCUCCGAGGCCAGGGCUACAACGAGCAGCUGAAGCCGGAGCGCCUCGAGUGGAAGGGCCCGCGGGGCAAGGGUGGCCUCGGCGUCUCGACCAAGGAUGUCAUGACGACCAUGAUUGAUCUCUUCUCCGCGCAAAUCUUCAAAUGGGGCGUCGUACACUGUGACCCGCACCCCGGCAACAUCUUCAUUCGACGCAAGCCCAAUGGCCGCGCUGAACUGGUGCUCAUCGACCACGGUCUCUACGUGUACAUGGACCCCAAGUUCCGCCAGCAGUAUGGCCAAUUCUGGAAAGCGCUCCUGACUUUCGACAACGCGACCAUCAGCCGGGUGACGGAGGACUGGGGGAUCAAGGCCGCUGAUAUCUUUGCCAGCGCCACGCUGCUGCGUCCCUAUGAAGGUGGCGACCAGCGGACUCGCAGCGGCCUCAUGAAGGGCUUGGAGGGGGCGACGCCGGCCGAGCGCCAUUACGAAAUGCAGAGGAGGAUGAAGCAGGGAGUGCGUGAGAUCUUGGGUGAUGGUGACAAGCUACCCAAGGAGCUCAUGUUCAUCGGGCGCAACAUGCGCAUCGUCCAGGGCAACAAUCAACAUUUGGGAUCCCCGGUGAAUCGCAUCAAGAUGAUGGGCGAGUGGGCGAGUCGCAGCAUGUUCGAGGACAAGAGGCUUCCCCUGGGGCAGCGAUUCAACAAUGCCUGGCGUCAUGUUCUGUUCAAAAUGGUCAUGGCGACAACAGAUGUCGCCUUUUACUUCUUCAAGCUACGUCAGUGGUUAGGUCGUGGCGGUGGCAUGGAGGAUGAGAUGGAGAAGCGGAUGAAGGAUAUUGCCCAGGACAUGGGCAUCGAGCUUCAGCACGAGGUGUUUGAUGGAUAG